AUGUCGUACCCGCAACAGCCCAACGCGCCGUACUACCCUCCUCCGCAGGGGCAGCCCGGGCCUUAUCCUCCUCCCCAGGGCUACGCGCCGGGUCCCUAUCCGCCCCAGGGUGGUUACCCUCCUCCGCAAGGUGGUUACCCGCCGCAGGGUCAGAUGCAGUAUCAGGAGCAGCCACCAGCUAAGGAGGAGAAGAGCCACGGAUGCCUGUACACAUGCAUCGCUACGAUCUGCUGCUGCUGGUUGUGCGGCGAAGCUUGCGAGUGCUGCCUUGAGUGUCUCGACCUCUGCUUCUAA